AUGAAGGUUUUUGAGCGUGUGCUGGAAGCUCGUCUGAGGAAAACUGUUGGCGUUUCACUCAACCAGUGCGGCUUUGUGAAGGACCGCAGCACUAUAGAUGCUAUCCGUGCUGUCCGAAUCCUCCUGGAGAAACAUCGAGAGGAGAAUCGCAGUGUGCAUCUUGCUUUUCUCGAUCUCGAGAAAGCUUUCGACCGUGUCCCACAUGAGCCGUUAAGAAUGUUCAUGAGGUCGCAUAGAGUACCAGAAGAAUAUGUGCGGUGGACGAAGCUGCUUUAUGCGAAGCCUACCAGCGUUGUACGAUGUGCUGCUGGAACAAGCAGGUCAUUCCCUGUACAAGUACGGGUUCAUCAGGAAGCAGCAUCCGUGACUCUACUCUUUGCCGACGAUGUCAUGCUUGCGUUGGAGUCUCGAGAUGAUCUUCAGAAACAAGUACAUUCUUGGAAGGAUCAGCUGCAGCAAUAUGGAUUGCACCUCAACACAUCGAAAACUGAGUACAUGGAGUGCGGACCAAGGAUAGAGGAUGGUUAA